AUGCGAUGGAACAAAGGUGUGCUCUAUGUCGUUGCUGGGGAAGUCAACGGUGUCUGCAAGGGGACGCGAUUCGUGAUACGGGCUUCCAGAGGCACACGCGGGAACCACGGCACCAUACUCAUUGCGGAACACGUCGACGUGACCAAGUGCUCUGUGAGACUCGUCAGCGAGUCCCUGCGCAUCAAAGUCGAUUCCUUGGAGGAGGAGAGGGCGUUGUUAGUGGCGUGGAACUCGGAGCCGAUGAAAAUUCACACCUCCCUACCUCUGCAGGUGCGGAGUCCAUACAGACACACGAAGGUGAUGGGAAGGGAGUACUACGACGUCUCACUUGAGGAUGGCUCAAACGGUUGGGCCGUCGAUCGUUUCGACCCGUUGACGUCCCGGUACGCGGAGCCGGAGAUGUCAAUUCCGAAGGGCGUGCAACCCGCCGAAAUUUUGAACGCGCUGGCGCACUGGAACUUUCAUCUCUAUCGGCGUAGCGACUGUCUGGAAGACAUUCGCCCGCAGGUACAACUUCAUCGCCUGCAGGCCAGUUCAGGUCCACGAAGGAUACGCCCGCUCCUGGAGCCGGCCGGUCUGAACUUACUUGAAGGCGCCAGGGCCGAGCGAAUCCGGUCUCACCCUCUCUCGACAUACAAGAUCGCUGAAGAGGUCAAAGAAGUGGAGAUCCACGACAUGGAGCCGUACUAUGGUCUGACCUUGGUCAACAAUACCACCUAUGACCUGUACCCCUACGUGUUCUACUUCGAUCCGUGCACUCUAGCCAUACAGGCUUGGUAUCUGCCCCACGGAAGUCAAGGCAGCGGUCCUUUGACUCGAAAGGGGCCUGACGGUCAACCUGGUCGACUUCCUAUCGGCUAUGGUGACUCGGGGACUGACAGUAUCAGAUUUAGCCUCGAUCCCAAUGUCAAGAAAGAGGCUGGCUUCCUCAAGAUCUUCGUAUCCACGUCGUACGUUGAUAUGAGAAGUGUUCAGCAGGGCGACCUCACGAAUGGAGCUGAACGCGGCGCUACGAAGGAGGAGUUCGAGUGGUCGCUCCUCGACUGUUGUGCAUGA